AUGGUCCGAGACCACCUUCUCACAGCAUUGAUGGCAGGCCGUGACACGACGGCGGCGCUGAUGGGCUUUACCCUUUGGAGUCUGGCAAGAGAGAAGAGAGUGCAACAAAGGCUGCGUGAUGAAGUUGCAAAGCUUCAGGCGCCUAUAGUCUCCUAUGAAGAUCUUCAACAAGCGACGUACCUUUGGUGGACAAUAAAAGAAGUCCUGCGCCUGUACCCCAGCAUUCCUGCCAAUGAUAGAGUUGCAAAAUACGAUACACAUCUGCCACGUGGUGGUGGUCUAGAUGGUACUGAAGCUGCCUUUGUCCCUAAAGGUCGUGUCAUCGACAUUCACAUCUUUGCUAUCCAACGUGACAGGGAAGCUUGGGGGGAAGAUGCGGAGACUUUCAAGCCUGAGAGAUGGGAAGGUUUGAGGAGCUAG